AAGAUAAGUGGAGGGCUUGCUUCUGGCUAGUGUUCCGUACAUUAUGUUAUCAGUAGGUAUAUAAAUGAAAGCCAGCCAUCUUCCCUACCCAGUUAUUACCAUCUUUGCCCUUCUUCCCCCUUUCAAAAAAGAAGUCAGGUAUAUAUGGUUUUUCUAUAUCAUCACUAUUAAUGGCGCAGUUGGUGCCAUUCACAAAGCUUGAAGAGCUUUGCAAUGAUUUAGACAUUGUAGAUGGCCAAAUCCAACAACACAAAAACUCCAACGAAGUGUACCUACCAGGACACCCUCGUAUACAACUGCACGACCUCCAUGGAAUCAAAGAGUGUCUCCAGACGGAAUUGAUGACUACGGAUUUGAACAAGUUGGCUCCCUAUCUCUGGCUAGUUGCUAAGCAGGAUAGUCAACAUAUCUCAAGCCUGACAGAACAAAUCGUCAGAGGACGCAAUAUCAUUCUCACAGAGAACCCCGGUUUACAUCUCUUAUGGUUUGAUAAUCGCGUCUUCAUCAAGCCCAUACCAAAAUAUCUUCUCUCACAUGCUUUUUGGGACUACUACCUCAUGCCAACCAAUCCUCCUCGCAUACAAGAACCCGUCCGAAAGGAGCUGAUCCAAGCGGCAUAUGGAAUGUUACGAUCUUUUGCAAUCCUCAUCAAACAUGAAUCGGACUUUGCGCUUGCGACAAGAAAAGAAAACCAGCUCAUUCCCGACAACAUCUCAUAUGCCUCUUUCAUCAACUUCAUCGAUCGAUUUCAGAUCACAGACAAUCAAGUUUCGCCCCGUUAUCAGUAUGGAGAGCUCCGGCUGAUGCGCCUGAACUUCUGGUCUCGCAUCUUCCUGCUCAGGUUCAAUUACCACAAGGUGGAAUGGGCAUACGGCGCCUAUUUUGCGCGAUACUACGGACCCAUCCUCUUCAUCUUCGGUGUUUUCUCCUUGCUUUUGAGCGCCAUGCAAGUCGUCUUCAAUGUAUUGGCCAUCCAGGGACUCCCGGAUCCUGGUUCGGGUUCUUGGUGGACUUUUGCUGUUGUCUCGCGGGAUUUUUCGAUAUUUACUUUGGUUGUUGUGGCUGCUAUCACUGCCUUCCUACUCGCGACUUUCAUAGCACUUUUUGCCCGCGAGCUUAUAUACGCCUUAUAUCAUUUGCAUCGUUAGACUUGCUUACCUCACUUGAAUCUUUCUGAAGAUUCGUAAUCAAUAGUGUUAUGACGUCCUUCCUUUGCUGGCAGGUGUAUCUAGAGGUCUGAGUAGGAGCAGGGGAAACAGGGUAGUUCAUACUGUCUUAGAAUAUUGUAGAAACCAAUUCUGCAUGCAAGACAGCCUAUUAUCCAAGCAACUCAGUAAAUAUAGCGCUGGAUAUCAAAUAUUUGUACUCAGUAAUAAAGAGGUCUAUUAGUGCGUCGGUCACUUUUCCGUACUUAAUCACGUUAAGCUCUAAUUAUUUACUAUAGAAUCUAAUAAGAAUCUAUUACAUCUUUUUGAUACUAUCUUUAAACUAUUAAAAAAUAAAGAUACACUCGUAUUAUAACCCUCUAUUGCUAUGCAUGAUAACUAUAAUCCUCUCUGCUUGUGAGU